AUUUUUUUCAAAGCCAUUAAAUGUCUAAAUAAAUUUCCAAAUUAUAACAAUAAGUCAUUUGUAUUUCAAAAUAUUAAAAUUGCUUCCCCCGACCACACAAAAUGGAUAUUUUUCAACGUACGCUACACUGUCACACCUUUCCACCAAAAGAGGAAGAAAUUGAAGUCUUUGAAGCGGAAACCGAAGAGCAAAUCGGUGAAGAGGAACAUGACAUCCCUCUGGAGGAAGAACCUCUGGACCUCAAUAUCUUGAUGAAGGAAUUGGAAUGCAUGAAGCGACACAUUCAAAAAUUGCAAUUACAUUUAAAAACCCAAAUGGAGGAGUGCCCAAAGGAAGAAGAAUGCGUUGAUUUGGAGGUCCUUCUUAAAUGCUCGGAAAAUAAGGAAAUCUGCUCCCUGCAGAAGAAUCAAAACAAAGUUCAAUGCCAAAUCAAUGAAAUUGUUCAAUGUUGUCGUGCCGCCAAGGAUCACAUAACGGAUCUACGUUCUCGCUUUUGUGAAACGGCCAAGGAACUUUUGCAGCAACAGAAGCUCGUGGCAAAUCUGGUACAAUGGAAGAAUAGUUUGGAUCAUGAGUUUGGUAAAUGUUUGGAACGGUUUGAGUAUUUGAAACAUGUUAAGGCCGAAUGGAAAGACGUAAAAGAGAAACUUCAAGAGCAAAAGAGAAACAUUUUCUUGGAACAAAAAAAGUUUGUAUCAAAAAAAUUUUUCGACCAGGAGAAACAGUCCAUUCUUGGUGCCAUCGGUGCUAUUAAGGAAAUGUUCAACGAACUUGUCGAAUAUCAAUUACAACGUUUUGAAUGCCUGGAGAAACGAAUUGAAAAUAUCUCCAGUGGCCAAUAAUAUUUAACGCGAGUGUUUCAUUCAUUCAUUUGUCUUUGUUGUUG